GCACCGCACCAACGCUCACGCCUGCCUGCUGCGCGCGGGCUGUCGCGCACCCGAGCACUUGCGACACCUGCUGUACAGUCCACUUUGCGAAUGUUACCUAACACCCGGAGCCGAUGACCUGGCUUUGGUGACGCUCAACGGAUAACGCAACAUUGACCCAAUUGUGUGUAGGUAUUGUAGCGGCGAUAAGACUUACACCUCUCGGUAUCAAGCUCGCGCUACGUACAACUUAUCAAGCAGCCGCAUAUCGCGUCUCUAUAAAUACUCGCACUCGAAUCUCGAUACCUAUCGCGUAAUUAACUAGAUAAUGCGUCGCCCGCGUCUUGAGCACCGCCGACAUCAGUCCGCGAACAUUUUUUCCUAAGGAGGCUCGGGGCGGCGGCGGCGGCAUUCCUGCGAGCGGCAGCAUGCGUGCGUGGAGCGUGACGCUGGUGGCGCUGCUGGCGCUGGCGCGCGCCGUCGCCAUGGACGAGGACAUGGCCGAGCUGGCGCGCAUGGUGCGCGAGAACGUGAGACGGGCGGCGCCGACGGCGCUGGUGGAGCGCGUCAACGCGGGCGCCGACCUCAUGCCGGACGACAAGCCGCGCAUCAAGUGCACCAUGGAGACGGCCGGCAUGAUGGCGGACGGCGAGGUGGACAUCGAGGCGGUGCUGGCGCUGCUGCCGCCCGAGCUGGCGGAGCACAACGCCUCGCUGCGCGCCUGCGGCACGGUGCGCGGCGCCGACCACUGCGACACCGCCUUCCGCACGCAGCAGCAGAACGCGAACAAGGCCGACUACUUCCUCAUAUAGUGCACUGCACAAUAAACACUUACACAUGC